AUGGCUGGGUUGGUCGCUCGAGUUCGGCCGGUGUGCAGGGGGUGUCUAUCAAAAGCGCAGUCAACAUACAUACAAGCUCGGUACAGCAGCUCUACACGGGGUACCAGCGACGGCGUCAACAGCAUCAACAGCACCAACAACAACAACGAUAAUGGCGGGAAGAAGAUGAUGCAGCUGAGUGAAUCGCAAAAGGCAUACCUGAGCAGCGCCCUCCGAGUCAACCACGCCGGCGAGCUGGCAGCAACGCUCAUCUACGCGGCCCAGAGUCCCCCCGUCCUGCGUUCACACCCGCACCUUCGCCCGCUGAUGAAACACAUGUACGACCAGGAAGCCGGCCAUUUCUCUGUCUUCACUGAGAUGCUAGGCUCCCACCGCGUGCGUCCAACGGCCAUGUACCCCGUCUGGCAGGCCGCAGCAACUUUUCUCGGCUGGUCGACGGGCGUGAUGGGCCGGGAAGCCGCCAUGGCAUGCACGGAAGCCGUAGAGACAGAGAUAGGAACACACUACAACGACCAGAUACGGGUUCUGGCGGGCUGGAUGGAAGACGCCGAGAGCCGUGGGGAGGUGGUGCCGGACGACCUGAGGCAGCUGGUGCAGACGUUGAAGCGGAUCAGGGACGAGGAGCUCGAGCAUCUGGAUCACGCGGUCGAGAAUGAUGCAAAGGAGGCCAAACCGUACGAACCGCUUAUAGGAGUCAUCAGACUGGGCUGCCGGGCUGCCAUCCAGAUCUCCCAGCGAGUAUAA